AGCCUCGCCGCUUCCAAAGAAACUGGAGCAGCAGCUCGAUCCGCUCCUAAACUUAUGUCCCCUUCAGAUUUCCUGGAUAAAUUGAUGGGAAGGACAUCAGGAUACGAUGCCAGAAUCAGGCCCAAUUUUAAAGGUCCACCAGUGAAUGUGAGCUGCAAUAUUUUCAUCAACAGCUUUGGAUCUAUUGCAGAAACAACAAUGGAUUACAGAGUGAACAUUUUCUUGCGGCAGCAAUGGAAUGAUCCCAGGCUGGCCUACAAUGAAUAUCCAGAUGAUGCCCUAGAUUUGGACCCAUCCAUGUUGGAUUCCAUCUGGAAACCUGAUCUGUUCUUUGCUAAUGAGAAAGGGGCUCACUUUCACGAGAUCACUACAGAUAAUAAACUCCUGCGGAUCUCCAAAAGUGGCAAUGUCCUAUACAGUAUCAGAAUAACCUUGACCCUGGCUUGCCCCAUGGAUCUUAAGAACUUCCCUAUGGAUGUCCAGACAUGUAUUAUGCAACUAGAGAGCUUUGGUUAUACAAUGAAUGAUCUGAUAUUUGAGUGGCAAGAGAAAGGAGCAGUGCAGGUUGCUGAUGGAUUAACCCUGCCACAAUUCAUCCUGAAGGAAGAAAAGGACUUGCGCUACUGCACAAAACAUUACAAUACAGGCAAAUUCACCUGCAUAGAAGCCCGUUUUCAUCUGGAGAGGCAGAUGGGUUACUACUUGAUCCAGAUGUAUAUUCCCAGCCUGCUGAUUGUAAUUCUUUCCUGGAUCUCUUUCUGGAUCAACAUGGAUGCUGCACCUGCCCGAGUUGGUCUGGGUAUCACUACCGUGCUCACAAUGACCACACAAAGUUCUGGUUCUCGAGCAUCUUUGCCCAAGGUCUCCUAUGUUAAAGCCAUUGACAUCUGGAUGGCUGUAUGCCUGCUGUUUGUGUUCUCAGCCCUUCUAGAGUAUGCUGCUGUUAACUUUGUGUCUCGGCAGCACAAAGAACUACUCAGGUUCAGAAGAAAAAGGAGGCACCACAAGAGCCCUAUGUUUAAUAUAUUUCAGGAGGAUGACACUGGAGAAGGCAGGUUCAAUUUUUCCGCUUAUGGGAUGGGACCCGCCUGCCUGCAAGCCAAGGAUGGCAUCUCAGUCAAAGGAGCCAACAACAACAAUACCGCCAACCCAGUGCCGCCCCCUUCCAAGUCUCCCGAGGAGAUGCGCAAGCUUUUCAUUCAGCGAGCCAAGAAAAUAGACAAGAUCUCGCGGAUUGCCUUCCCCAUGGCUUUCCUCAUCUUCAACAUUUUCUACUGGAUCAUCUACAAGAUUGUCCGAAGGGAAGAUGUACACAAGCCAUGA